CUAGAUUCAAGUAAAACGUUAACGUAGUUUUUUUUUAUUUUUGUCCAAACAAGAAUAAUAGGAAUUUCAUAAUUUAAUAGGACUGGUAUUUUCUGGAUAUCUUCUCACGUAGACAUUUUUUACCGGGCCAUGUAGGUUUUAACGAGAACGGAAGUGUGGCUUCACUGCAACAGAGCCGAGCUAUGCAAGAACUGCAGCUACUCAUUGUGAUUUCAUAACUAUUGCACCGAUAUCUGCUUAUAAUUUGCUAUGGAAAUACAUCUGAAUCGCAAUUUACUAGUUUGGUGUUUAUAUUUAUGGAAUUGUCAUCUUAUUUAUCCCAUUAUCAUGGAAGUUCCUCCGAAAAUUGUGCCGCAAAUUAGUGAAAAUAGCUUAAAAGAAGGACAAAGAUAUAUAGCUACGUGUGGAAUUAGUGAAGGCGAUCCACCAUUAACUUUUCAAUGGUCAAAGAAUGGUAAACCACUGACAGAAUCCUCUCAUUUGGUAAUUCAUCGCCAAGGGGACUUUUCAACUUCUCUUAUCAUAGCAUCUGUUAAAGGUGCUGAUAGCGGAAAUUAUACUUGUGUAGUAACGAAUAAAGUUGGAUCGGAUAAUUUAAUGACGAAAUUACUUGUUUCAGUGCCACCUGCGUGGGUUCGUCAACCAUAUGACGUAUCAGUUAAAGCCGGAAACAAAUUAGUUCUUCAUUGCGAAGCUGAUGGCUAUCCAGCACCAACUGUUAAAUGGAGAAGAACAAAAGGAUUCAACAUUGCUCAAUCAUCUCCUGUAACAGAAAGCAACUGGAAGAUUAUUGACAGUGGCACAAUGAGUACUGUUUCUGCAAGAAAAGACGAUGAAGGAUUCUAUACAUGUGAAGUGGGAAAUGGUGUCGGAGAGAACUUGUCAAAGACUGUUAGAAUUGAAGUUCAAGUUCCACCGACAGUUAACGUAGAGUCAGUUCAGAAAAUGGUUAGAAAUGGCGAAGAUUCUAUAUUAGUUUGUAACAUAACUGGAGAUAAACCAUUAAAUAUUUAUUGGACUAAAGACGGAAACAAGCCAGAAGACAAUCAAAGGAUACAAAUAGUACACACGAAUUUUGAAAGAAGCUACAAAUCAGUCUUAAAUAUUGAAUCUACUAAUAGAGAAGACAGUGGAUUGUAUGUCUGUAGUGCCAAUAACACAUUUGGACAUAGCCAGAUGGCAAUUAGACUAGGAAUUGUUGAGCCACCCAGCCAACCUGAAGAAUUAAAGGUGAAAUCAGUAUGGAGUAGAAGUGUUCGGCUCAGUUGGUUGCAGCCUUAUAAUGGGAAUACUGUAAUUCAAAAAUACAUUUGUAUUUAUAAGAAAGAAGGUAAGGAUAAUCCCUUAGAACUAAAAAUUGAUGGAUCUCAAAUGUCAGUCAUUGUCCUUCGUUUGAAGCCAUACACGAAAUAUCAAUUUCAAGUUGUUGCUAUCAACGAAGUUGGAAGUAGCAAACCAUCAAAAAUCAUUGAAGCCAUUACUUCCGAAGAAGGUAACUCUCAACAUUAG